UUUGCAUGAUAGAUACAAGCUCAAAUUGACUUACUAUGAUGAUGUAUGGCAUAGAAAAGAGUUUAAGGCAAUAGAUUAAUUCACGCGAUCUGCAUUUGAGCAAUAAAAAGUAAACAAACACACUUGAGUAUUAUGCACACCUUUGCAAGUGACUACAGAGCUUGGUGGGAAAGUGCUUAGUCAUCGUGACGUUUCAUUAAAACACAUGCAAGGAACACAAUUCUAAGAAUAUUAUACGUAGUAGCGUAACAAUUUAGCAUUGAAACUAAGCAAUUACUGCCAUAUGAACUAGUUGGUGCAGAUAUUGCAUGUAUUGCUUUUUUCCCCCCAGUGGAAAUUAAGGAGAUUAUUCAUGCCAAAUUAUUUUAAGUAAAACCAGUAUUUAGAAUUUUAUCAGGGGGCGGGGCUAGCGUAACGUCUGGCGGGACUUGUUUGACAGCUCUGUCACCCCGCCAUGGGUGAUAUAAACAGGGAUGCAUCCCAGCUUCGACUCACACUCCUCUGCCUGCUGCCGACAAGCUGUUCUUUCAGUACACAAGGUAAGCGACUCGUGACACCAUGGCCAAGGACAUAACUGUGUAUUGGGGCUCCGGCUCUCCUCCGUGCUGGAGGGUGUUGAUCGCCCUGGAGGAGAAGAAGCUGCAGGGGUACAACAGUGAAAUGCUCUCCUUUGAGAAGAGGGAGCAAAAGUCUGAGAAGGUUAUGGCCAUUAACCCCAGAGGCCAAUUUCCUUCCUUGAAAUAUGGCAACUAUGUCGUGAAUGAGUCCUGUGGAGCCUGCUUCUUCCUGGAGAACCAGUUCAAGGACCAGGGAACCAGGCUGGUCCCCGACUGCCCUGCAGAACAAGCCAUGAUGUACCAACGCCUGUUUGAAGGCCUGGCGUUCUGGCAGAAGCUUGGAGCUGUUGUCCACUAUGAGUGGAAGGUCCCGGCAGCGGAGAGACACGACUCUGCCGUGCAGCGAAACCGACAAGAUUUAACUGUUGAGCUCCAACUGUGGGAAGGAUACCUGGCGAAGGGGCCUGGCCCUUUUCUUUCUGGAAAGACCUUUUCCUUGGCUGAUAUCGUUGUUUUUCCAAUCCUUGCCUUUGCCAUCCGUUUUGGGUUGAAAGCUGAUCGUUACCCGAAACUGGCUGCAUAUUACAAUGCGUUGAAGGCUCGGCCCAGCAUCAAAGCGACAUGGCCACCAACCUGGAAGGGAUCACAAGCAGAAGACAUACUCAAAGGCAUCUAAGAUGCAAACAAAUACUAAGUGGUAAUCACUGUUAUAUAUCCGCUUGUUACAUUGUACUUCAAUAGCAUAUUGUAUCAUUGCAACUGUUGUUUAUGCUAUAAAAGUCAAUAAAAAUGUACUUUUACAUCAA